GUCGGGUCCGGGUCUAGAUCCGGCCCAUUGACAGGCCUACCUUCUGGCUUCUGCUGAACCUCUACCCGACUCGCUUGGUCCAGCCUGACGCCACAAACCCGGCCAAUUCACCGGCUUCCAGACGCCGAUGCUCAGCCUCUUCCGACAAAUAACACCACCGAAGCCAUACUUAUAUCGGCGGUGCCCGAGGUCUUUGACCGUGUAUCUGGUCAACGUUGGUUCUAGAGUUGUUACUUCCUGGUUUAGCCAAGCUACUUCAGCUGUAAAAUUAUGGAUAAUCUGCAAACAGGAAAAGAUGAUGAGCAAUCGAGAACAGGGGAGAUGCAAGGGACAGGAUCGUCGAAUGGUAGUUUGGUGGGAAGGAUUCAACAACAGUAUAACAAGAUAAAAGAGAAUGCAGAAACAUACCCUUAUGUAUGGGGUUCAUAUAUAGCAGUAUAUGGGGGCUUUGGGCUUUGGCUUGUAUAUAGAGGUAUGAAACUCCGCAGAAAAGAAGACAGGGUUCGUGCUCUUCAAGAGCAACUGCGCAAGCUUGUUGAAUCUCAAGAGAGCGAAAGCUCAUCUGUCGCUGGAUCUAGCAUGAUCCACCCCCCAAAGGAUAAAAACACUGGCUAGCUGAUUUGUUAUGUUCUCUUGAAGCUCAUCAUUGUUAUUAUUUUUGAAAUAUUCCAGUUAUAUCCACUAUGACAAUUUCAUUAUUGGUUACUGUUUCUCUUUCACCUCACUUUUGGUGUGUGAUUAUGAAUUUCUUGCCAUUUAUGGUCCUCCCAUGUACUGAAUCCCUUAUCCCGUCAAUUGUAUAAUUUCUUAUUGUUUUUUCACCGGAGAAGGGUGUAAAGUGUUAUGAAAUUCAUAGUCAUGCAUCAAAAUGUAGAAAAUCUAUAUAGCUGGAUUGAAAGUGAAAGUGACCAAUAGACUUGAGACAGAAACUCAGAAAGUAGAGAAUUGAAUGUAACCUACAUUUCUUCCAUGUUUUUUCUGUAAGUUUUCAUUUGUUGCUUGUUGGACCCUACAG